GAGCAGCCGGGCGGAAGACCGGGAGAGAGAGACGGUGGGGUCGCGCGGAGCGAGGACAGCGGCUGGGAGGAAGAAGGCCCAGGAGUCUUCGGCCCCAGGGGAACUGGGAGUUGAGAUUUUGGCAGAGGGUCACUGGGAACUCUGGGAUCGCCCACUCGAGCCUGCCCAUUUUCUUCGGUAGUCCAGCGCAUCCUCUCUACUGCCCAGGGGAGAAGUUCCAGGGACAGACUUUGUAUCUUCAGAAGGACCAAAGGAAUAUGACGUUUCUUGAAAGAUCACUGGCACCACCUCUUUAAAAUGAUCCAUUUCGGGGGUCCAGCAAAAUAACAGCUACAGAGGCCAGAAGUAGUUUUGCCCGUACAAAAUAUGGCGGAAAGCUUUCUCGUCUCCAAGGGAACAGCACGUAAUGAGUCAGAGCGGUGGAAUUGCUCUGCGCACGCGCAGGAGCACACGCCGCCGGAAGACGUGGUACCCUUUAGCACGCAAGCGCAGUAGGCUCUUACGUCAGCUGUGUUGUGGCAAUGGUGGAGAAGAAAACUUCGGUUCGCUCCCAGGACCCUGGACAGCGGCGGGUGCUGGACCGAGCGGCCCGGCAGCGCCGCAUCAACAGGCAGCUCGAGGCCUUGGAGAAUGACAACUUCCAAGAUGACCCGCACGCAGGCCUCCCCCAGCUCGGCAAGAGGCUGCCUCAGUUUGACGAUGAUGCAGACACUGGAAAGAAAAAGAAAAAAACUCGAGGUGAUCAUUUUAAACUUCGCUUCCGAAAAAACUUUCAGGCCUUGCUGGAGGAGCAGAACCUGAGCGUGGCUGAGGGCCCCAACUACCUGACAGCCUGUGCAGGACCCCCAUCCCGGCCCCAGCGCCCCUUCUGUGCUGUCUGUGGCUUCCCCUCCCCCUACACCUGUGUCAGCUGUGGUGCCCGGUACUGCACGGUGCGCUGUCUGGGCACCCACCAGGAGACCCGGUGCCUGAAGUGGACUGUGUGACCCUGGGCGUCCCGGGAAAGGAAGGCCCUCUGCCUCGCCUGGCCUUGGAGUGGGCGUCCCUGAAAGAGGAGCCCACCGAUGCGUGUGUCAUACCCUCCAGGGAGGCCAGCCCUCCGAGUGCUGUUGUAAUAAAAGGCCCCAUGCAAGGAGGA